GAGGAAUUGAACAGGCAGUACACCUUUGUGGAUUACAACUUCUCCCUUGUGGCGAUGGCGGUCAUCGAGAGGGUGCCGGCGGGCAGCGUCCCUCUGCUGGGUGUGAAAUUGGAGCAUUCUAAUCGCAGGGGGUUUAUUGGGCUGUCUUGCACCGCGGAGGGGAAGUGGGAGGUGUCGUUAUACGGCAAUACAACGACAUCGAGCAGCACGUGGGAGCCGGGGAGAGAAUACCAGGUGGCGAUCAUGCUGCGGGACAACAGAGGCUCCGUGUACUUGGAUGGCGUUGUGGUGGCGAGCUCCGAGACGAUGCCAACUCUUGAGACGCGGUUUAUUCAACUCUCGGAGUUCUACUUUGGGGGCGACGAAGGUGACCGAGGCAGCAGCGUGGAGGUGAAGAACGUUUUGCUGUACAAGCGCAUAUUAACUGCUGCCGAGCUAAGAACCAUACAAUGGAGUGCCUCCUCCUCAAGUGGAAGUGGACCCGACACCUCGAUGCGUGGGACUAUGCCUUGGCUGCUGCUGCUGGGGCUGUGGGGCUUUGCGGCCCUUUACGGAGUGUAA